UCUCCCCUCCACCGUCCCCAGCUUCUUCUACCACACUCCCGCCAUCCUCCCCUCCUCUGCGCUCCCCCUCUCCCCUUGCCCCUCUGCUGCACCUCCCUCUCUCCCUUUUAAUUCUCCAUCCCGGUUUCUCCUCCCCGCUCCUCUCCCAUUCUCCAGCCCCAUCGUCCAUCCCCUCCUUCUCCUUCUCCUGCCAGUGUUUCCGUGCGUGGCGCCCAUUGGCUGGCGGCAGCCAUCCCACGGUAGCCGCCACUUCAAUCCCAUUUGCCCAAGCCCGGCAGACGAACCCCUCCUUCCCCCGCAGAUGGUGAGGGGAGAGUGGGGGAGAGACCCGCUGGCCUGAGGGCGAGGGUCCGCGCAUCCCCGGCCGGACACCAGCGGGUACUGGAGUGGGCCCCACUCACACACCAGUCACGGAGGGAAGCGAUGGGCAGGUCCAGGAGGAAGGACUUGCGUCUUCGGUAGUGGAUGGCGGGACUCGCUCCCUCCCGGGACUGUUUUGUUCAAUUGCUUUUAAGAAAGGGGAAGGGGAAAAAAACAUGACACGGAUUCUCCCGGUGAAGCAGAGGAAAAUGUACAUCCCAACGACACAUUGCUAACUGAUCCUGCAAGGACACUGCCCCCCGCCCUCUUCCCUGCCUCUGCUAUGGACACUUCUGCUUUCAGCCUCCCCACGCCAGCAGUGUCGGAGGAGAGGAAUGCCUCUGGCAGCUGGGCAGGCUUCACCACCCCCAACGGCUCCACCACCGCCAGCCCUGGUGUGGUCGUCAGCAGUGUCCUCAUCCCCCUGGUCUACCUCAUUGUCUGCGUGGUGGGGCUGGCUGGGAAUUCUCUGGUCAUUUAUGUGGUCCUGCGGCACUCUGUGAGCGAGUCGGUGACUAAUGUCUACAUCUUGAACCUGGCCCUAGCUGAUGAGCUCUUCAUGCUGGGCCUGCCAUUCCUGGCUGCCCAAAAUGCCCUGUCCUACUGGCCAUUUGGGUCUUUCAUGUGCCGCCUGGUGAUGGCUGUGGAUGCCAUCAACCAGUUCACCAGCAUCUUCUGCUUGACGGUGAUGAGUGUUGAUCGCUACCUGGCCGUGGUCCACCCAGGGAAGUCCUCCAAAUGGCGGACAGCACGGGUGGCCAAGGCUGUGAGUGCAACUGUGUGGGUGCUGUCUUCCGUAGUGGUGCUGCCCGUGGUCGUCUUCUCAGACGUCCCUUUAGGGAUGAGCACAUGCCACAUCCAGUGGCCAGAGCCUGCCUCGGUGUGGAGAGCUGGCUUCAUCGUCUACACUGCCACCCUGGGCUUCUUUGGGCCACUGCUGGUGAUUUGCCUCUGCUAUCUUCUUAUCGUUGUGAAGGUUCGCUCCUCUGGCAGGCGGGUGAGGGCUCUGUCCUCCAAGCACAAGCUUUCCGAGCGCAGAGUGACCCGCAUGGUGGUGGCUGUUGUGGCUGUCUUCAUCCUUUGCUGGCUCCCCUUCUACGUCCUCAACAUAAUCAAUGUUGUCUGCCCACUGCCAGAGGAGCCAUCCCUCUUUGGUGUCUACUUCCUUGUGGUGGUUUUGCCAUAUGCCAACAGCUGUGCCAAUCCUAUCAUCUAUGGCUUCCUCUCCUACCGCUUCAAGCAGGGAUUCCGGAGGGCCAUCCUCAGGCCAUCUCGCCGAGUCCAAAGCCAGGACGUGCCAGCAUGCCCCCCAAAGAAGACGGAUGAUGAAGAGGAAGAGGGCGAGAUCAGCAAGAUCACCCAGAAUGGUAAUGACAGGCAGGAGAACCCUCUAAGCAGUGGGGAAGGAGAAAGCAAUGAGCAAAAACCACUCCCUGAGGAGUCUGUGGGGUGUGAAAAGAGCAACAAGUUGCAUGUCAGUUAUUUAUGAUGAAAGGGAUGGUGCAGGGGAAAGAGACACUGGGACAUGGGAUCCCCUUCACCCUCUGUGCUUUUCCACCUGAAAGGCAAUGGGAGAUGUUGAUAGAAGGGAAUAUUAAAGUCCAAGACUCUGCUUAAAGAUGAAGAGGGCUCCAUGAACUUGUGGAAAAAGCAAGGCAUUGUUCUUGGCUUUGGAAGGGACACCCGAGGUUUGUGUGGUACCAGAUAAAGGAAGGACUGCAUCCAGGGAGAGCUGAAGAGAUGAUGGGCACUGACAGUAUGGAGAGAACAAGGUCAGCCCUAGAUUGCAUGAUCCAUCCUUAGAUCAUCCAGCUGUGAAGGGCAUCAGCUGCCAUCUGACUGUGGCACCUCAAGGAAGUCCUCAACUGGCAUAUACAACAAAAAGGCCUCCCAAUGCCUUGAUUAUCUUCCAUAUAAACAUGAGAAGCGGUUUACCCUAAAAGAAAAACAGGAAGGGAAAAUGUCUGCAGUGAAGGCAUACCAGCCAGUUGCAUGAAUGGCUGACCCUUCUCUAGCUCUCCAAUGUCUUGGGGGUAACUUUCCUACCCAUGCUGGUCAUGGCUGGAGACCACUCUGGCUGCUCAAAGCCUCCUCUUUCUUUCUAGGGCUCUCAUAGACUCUGGGCAGGCUGAUGAGACUUACCUGGGAGAGCAAAUGGGACAUUUCUUUCCUGCACCUCACAUUCUUCAGGGUUUUCCUGGUGCCUCUGCAUCCUGGUGGAAGGUGUAACAAGGGUACAGAAGAAGACAAGGCAGGGGUUGGAGGCAGGGUUUCUUACAAGCUGAAAUGCCCUUUCCCUUUUCUUCUCCCUAAGCCUUAUUGUAAAUAAACAAAAAGCCUUUGGACU